CCUCCAGAGAUUCUCUUUCCUGAAGACAUCCUCCAAAAAGACAAGAGGGAAGUUUGCCUUUUCUGCUCCCUUCUUGGAAAGAUGCAAAGUGCGUUAGUAGGCUCCUGGCACAACAAUGGCUUCUAUGGGCACUACAGAAGCCAAUUCAAGAGUGAAAGUGCUAGAGAAUACCGCCUUGCAGCCAAGCCCCAGCCUCCAGCAGUGUUCCUGCAGCGAUGUCAGGAGCCGGCGCAGCAACACUUCUUCUCCAAGCAUGACAACCGUACUUCCUUUGACAAAGGCCCCUACUGCCUGCUGCAGGGAAUUGGAAGGCGGAAGGACCUGGAGCGCCUGUGGCAGCGGCACACCUUCCUGCGCUGGGCACCCUGUGAGAUAGAGUUGCGCCAGCAAGGGCCCCUGGAAUCUUCUUACCAGGCCGAUUUCCGACCAGGCCCAGGACUCAGUGGCCUCCCCCAGCGCCUCGUCCAUUUUGUGCAGGUCCAGCCUUCCCAUGCCAGGACCACCUACCAGCAGAACUUCUGCUACCCAUCCCGGGGUGGCCACUGUGGCAGUUACAAGGUAGGGCCCCAGGCGCCAGUCACAGACAUACUGCCUGACCUCCCAGUGAUCCCAAGACCCAAGCUGCUGCAGCACUACCUUCAUGCUGGGGUCUCUGAGUGUCUAAACUGGUCCAGAGCAUUAAACAAGGAGAGCUGACA